AAAGCUGGCGCAAAGCUGUUUGGCCCAAAGAGUAUACAAGUCUUUGGCCUCUAUGGUUGUUGCGUUCACGGUUGCGUCCGGCGUCGUUGGUUAUUACUUAUUACUUAGAAAAAUUACAGAAAAUAAUAAAAAGUUAGGUUAUAAAUAAUUAGGUUAUGAAAAGAAAAUCAGAAACAAUCUUAUGACUUUGUUUAUUUUAUAAAAGUUUUAUCGUGCAAAAAAAUGAUCGCUUUUACACACUAAUGUUUAUUUGAAUUUACGUUUUCUAAGAAGAAAAAUAUGACCGAAAACAAUAUAAACUACAAAAAAGCUUCAGAAUAUUGGGCAGAAAUCCCAGCAACAUUAGAUGGUAUUCUUGGUGGAUUUGGUUUCAUAUCAGAUAUAGAUAUUGAUGGGUCGUCUCUAUUUUUGAAGUCGAUUUUAUCUUCAGAUAAUGCACCUAGCCCUGGGACAGCUCUAGAUUGUGGUGCUGGUAUAGGGAGAAUUACAAAGCAUUUGCUCGCACCUCUUUUCAAGAAGGUUGACAUCAUUGAGCCUGAUGAGAAAUUUAUCAACACUAUUAUAGGUUUUGUUGGAGAAAAUAAAAUUAAAAUUGGUACAUUAUAUAAAACAAGCUUACAAAAGUUUGAACCAGAAAGAAAAUAUGAUAUUAUAUGGAAUCAAUGGGUUUUAGGUUAUCUAACAAAUACAGAUUUGGUUGAUUAUCUUUCAUGUUGCAGAGAUGCACUUUCAAGUAAUGGAGUUCUCAUUGUAAAAGAGAAUGUUGCUUCAUCAGGAAAACCAGAGAUAACGGUCGAUCGACGCAUCUAUUGUCGCGCUCGAGAUCGCGUCAGUCGUGAAUAAACUGUCACCGACAA